CAUGGAGAAGUAAUUAUUCAAUAAAUACAUCUAAAUAGUCCAUAAGAUUAAUAGUUAAUGAUCUAGGAAUUUAUCAUCAAUUAAGUAACUUCAAUCAUUCAAAGUGACCUCUCAGUAUACUAGAAAUGUAAUUCAAUAAUCACUCAGUAACUAAUAUUAUAUAAAAUUAGUGAAUAUUCAGCUUGGAUCUAUUAUGAAUUAAUCUCCACAAUCACUUUGAAUAGUAAUAUUUUUAAUAGAAAUCCAACUCCAUAGUAUUUAUAUAAUAAAUAUUAGACUUCUAUUUUAAUGUUCAGAAUUAUUUGAAAAUGCUAAUUAAGAAUUCAUUGAUUACUUAUUUGAUCAUCUCGAAGGUUUAAAUGAAAACUAAUAAGUAAUAAAAUAGGGAUUAUUUCGCUAUUUAAUUACUUUGGUAGAAUUAGAUACUAUAUCAGAAACUAUAUGUGGAUACUUUUAUAAAGCGAUGAAUUCUAUUAUCUAAAAAAGAGGUGCUGAUGUUUGGAACUUUAUAGAAAAUGAUUAGAGAAUAAUGUCAUCUUUUCUUAAACAUGUUGAUUAACCUCAUAUUUGUAAGACCAUCACAGAAUUAAUUAUAUUUGGCAAUCAACCAUCUAAUAUUUUAGAUUAUUCUUAUCUAGCUCAAUAGUUUUCAGAUCGAUUAUUUAAAAUUAUGAUAAAGAAAUCAUAUUAAAAUAUAAUUGUUGAUAAUAUUUCUGAAAUAUAUAUAGAAAUACUCACAAGAAAAUCAUAAAAUCAAAAUUUAGAAAUAUCAUAAAUUAUAAUGUUAUAACCAAGUAAAUUAUUUUAAAUAGCAAUUUAAUCAAAUUCAGAAGGACCAUAUCAUAUAUUGAAUCUACUUUUAGAGUAUUUUAAAAAUUACUAAUAAGAUUAAAUAGAUUCAUUUAUAGAUAUAUCACAUUUAAUACCUUUAGAAUUUUAGAAAACCUAUUAAAAUUAUAAUUAAUAUGAUAGAUAUUAUAAUAAACUCUUUGGCAGAAAAAAUGUAAGAUUAUUAAAUCUUACUUUACAAUUAAUUGAGUAAUAAUUAUAUAAUUAAAAUUUAGAUUAAAUAAUUAAUCAAUUAAUUCUAAAUUAAUAGAUAAUGGACUUGUUAAUAUUCUUAUAAAUACAAUAUGUGAAUUUCCUUUUCACAAUCAGCUUCAUUUCACUUCUUUUUUAAUAUUUGAAAAACUUAUUGAAAAUCAUCAAAUAGAUUAAAUCCUAUAAGUAAUUUAAUCUAAUCAUUUUUAUAUAGAUAAUUGAUUCUUUAUUAAAUUUCAUUGUAAACUAAUUUAAUUAAACAUAAACAAUUAUAGGAUUUAAAGGAUUUUUAAGUAAAUUAGCUAAUUAUAUGAUUAAUUAAUAAAAUAAUCCAGUAAUUUUAACAGCAAUGAAAAAUAAUUAAGAAUGGGAAGGAUUUUGUUAAACAAAUUUACAAAUAAUCAAUUAAAUUGAAUUGAAUUUCUAUUUUAAUUUUAAUCCAAGAAGUAAAAUUAUAAAUUAUUUAUUAAGAACCUAUAAAUGAAUAAAACUUUGGUUAAAAUAUACAAUAAGAUAUCAGCUAAUAAUAAGAAUAGAUUUCAUAAGAGUAAUAAUAAUAAGAAUGA